UUUACGACAGGCGGCGUAGCUUUACGGUAGUGGUCCGUGUGUGAGCCGUGAGGGAGCGGAGGCGGCGGGAUGGGGCAGAAGCGGAAAGAUCUCAGCCAUGCAGAGCUGAUGAUGAUGACAAUAGCUGACAUCAUAAAACAGUUAAUUGAGGCUCAUGAGCAAGGAAAAGAUGUGAAUCUGAACAAGCUGAAAACCAAGACCUCAGCAAAGUAUGGACUCUCAGCACAGCCACGGUUGGUUGACAUUAUUGCUGCUGUCCCACCACAGCACCGCAAGGCUCUGGUGCCAAAGCUGAAGGCCAAGCCUAUAAGGACAGCUAGCGGGAUUGCUGUCGUGGCUGUGAUGUGCAAACCACACAGGUGUCCACACAUUAACUUCACAGGCAACAUAUGUGUAUACUGCCCAGGUGGCCCUGAUUCUGAUUUUGAAUAUUCAACGCAGUCUUACACUGGAUAUGAGCCUACAUCCAUGAGGGCCAUUCGGGCUCGGUAUGACCCCUAUCUCCAGACAAGACAUAGAGUGGAACAGCUGAAGCAGUUGGGUCACAGCGUGGAUAAAGUGGAGUUCAUUGUGAUGGGUGGAACUUUCAUGGCCUUGCCUGAAGACUACAGGGAUUACUUCAUCCGAAACCUUCACGACGCACUGUCGGGUCACACCUCCAAUAACGUAGCAGAGGCUGUCAAGUAUUCUGAACGAAGCUUGACCAAAUGCGUUGGGAUAACCAUAGAGACCAGACCAGAUUACUGCCUGAAGCGCCAUUUGAGCGACAUGCUGUCCUAUGGCUGCACGAGGCUGGAGAUCGGAGUGCAGAGUGUGUAUGAGGACGUGGCCAGGGACACCAACAGAGGUCACACCGUGAAGGCUGUGUGCGAGUCGUUCCACUUGGCCAAGGAUGCUGGCUUCAAAGUGGUGGCACACAUGAUGCCUGAUUUACCAAACAUGGGGCUUGAAAGGGACACUGACCAAUUUGUUGAGUUCUUUGAGAACCCAGCUUUUCGCCCUGAUGGCAUGAAGCUCUACCCAACGCUGGUGAUCCGUGGCACUGGGCUGUACGAGCUCUGGAAGACUGGAAGAUACAAGAGCUACCCUCCUAGCACUCUUGUUGAUCUCGUGGCCAGAAUCCUGGCUCUGGUCCCACCAUGGACGCGUGUGUACCGUGUUCAGAGAGACAUCCCAAUGCCACUGGUGAGCUCUGGAGUGGAGCAUGGGAACCUGAGGGAGCUUGCCUUGGCCAGGAUGAAAGAUCUUGGGACACAGUGUCGUGAUGUAAGGACAAGAGAGGUUGGAAUUCAAGAAAUUCACCAUAAAGUGAGACCAUAUCAGAUUGAAUUAAUUAGAAGAGAUUAUGUGGCUAAUGGUGGCUGGGAGACCUUCCUGUCCUACGAAGACCCAGAGCAGGACAUUCUCAUUGGCCUCCUACGACUGCGAAAAUGCUCAGAAGAGUCCUUCAGACCUGAGCUGAAGGGGGGUGUUUCCAUUGUGAGGGAGCUGCACGUGUAUGGGAGUGUGGUCCCAGUGAGCAGUCGGGAUCCUUCCAAAUUUCAGCACCAGGGAUUUGGCAUGCUACUCAUGGAGGAGGCAGAAAGAAUAGCCAAGGAGGAGCACGGGUCAUGGAAAAUUGCUGUAAUUUCAGUGCAGGCAUUUUGUCACCUGUACCUACGCCGUCUCCGCUCGCCUUUAAGCAAAACUCAUCGAUAAUUUGCUCCCAGGCUGGGAGAGGCGUCUGGAACCACAGCCAAAUCCGCAGCGGCACACCCCGGCUUCAGAAGCAGCUCUUUAAUGUCUCCCUGCAGGGAGAUUGCUCCGUAGCCCCGCUCGGUCCCGGUGACGUAGCAGCCUUAUCGCGGCGUGGAGGUCUGGCACCGCCGCCGCUCCCCGCCGUAAGCUAAUUACUAUGCGGCAAGAUGAUCAGUUUUCCCCCAGACCAGGUUUCUAUUUGUGUGCUGUCAAGUAGAAAAUUAACAUGGACACAGGCCAGGAAUGUUUCACGCCCGAGUGCUCCGGGGCCAGAGGUGGCGAGGGGAAGUCAGGCUGGAUUUCUGAAUGGCGGCGGUGUGGGAUCAGGUGGUGCCGGGUGCUUCUUUAUGGGAGCAGCAGAGGAGCUGAGGAGAUGGGGAAGAACCAGAGCAAAACGCACACAGCCCUCCUGAGCUGCCCGGCUCUGUCUGCUUUGUUCAGAACAAAGCCGGUCGGUGUUUCGUAGAACCAUAGCAUCGUUUGAGUUGGAAGAGACCUUAAAAGCUGUCUGAUCCCACUCCUUGCACGAACAGGGUCACUCACAGCUCCAUCAGUGCUCAGAGCCCCAUCCAGCCUGACCUUGGCUGUCUGCAGGGACAUCACCACCUCUCUGGGCGACCUGUGCCAGUGCCUCACCACCCUUAGCGUAAAAAUCUCUCCUUACGUUUCCGCAGAGCAGCUGAGGGCUGAGGGCUGCACAGUGUUCAUUCAUCAGCUGUCACACAGACACUCCUCACAUUGCAGAGGUGGGAGCAAGGCUGGGGUCUGGGCGAGCGCCCCAACUUUAAGGACUGGUAUUGGGGAAUUUGCAAGAAGUGCCCAAGAAAUGAAGUUCAAUCAUAAUGGAGUUUUCCUUUCCCAGUGUUUCUCACUUCUUGUUCAUCAGAAGCGGUGUGUUUUGGAGGGUCUUGGUGCUUUUUGGGAAGAAGAUGUCAGGUGGUAACCGGCAGGCAGAGCCACCACAGCUGCUCCCUGUGCCUGUUGCUUACGGGAGCCCAUCGCAGGGAUCCCUGCUGGCUGUGGGCUUGUCUGCUCUUUUCUCCCACUGGUUUUAGUCACCAGAGGUCAUUAGUGUCUGAUUGAGCUAUUCAGCUGCAGCUCUGCGGCACCUUUUAGUUGUUCCUCAGACAUUUGUGUACAACGUCCUCCUCCUGGCUCUGAUGAGCAAGAAAGGGAGCUGAUUUUCAGCCAUUGCCUUCCUGAGCUGGGGCGGCUGCUGGAACUGAAUUUCAGCAGAGAGCUCCUUAGAGGUUCCAUGGGGGAGGUGGGGGCACAGGUAGGCUGCAGUGCUAAUAACUGGGCGCCUCGCUCUCGAGAUUGCCAAGCAUUCUUCCUCGGCUCUGAAAGCCUCCCAGGCCUUUGGAGAGAAAAUUGAUCGUGAAUUCCUCCGGUGCUUGGUGAGUCAUCCCAAAUCCCCCGUCUCUCAGUAAUACUUUGCCAGAUGGGUUGAAUAUUUCAGUCAACCAUCUCUGGAAGGAGCCUCAAGACAUGACGCAGCCGGUGCAUCUAACAUCUCACAGACCUUGAACUUGACAAACUUGGGGUUGAGCGACAGAAACAUUUCUCUGUCUGCAUCUCUCUCAAAGCCUGGUGGCAGAGCUUUGCUCAAGUGUAAGAGAAGGGGUUGCAUGUAAAUAUUUAAUUGCGUGUGGUUUAAAGUCAGGAGAUCCAUGAGCUCUGGGCUUCAUCUGUCACCAAAAAGGCAGUGCUGGCGUGGUGGCUGCAGACAGGGGAUGCUGCCAGUGCAGCUGGGCCGGGCCAGGCCUGUGUAGUCAUUAAUGAAAUGUUGCUUCUGCAAUAAAGAGAUCAAUGAGAUGGAAGCUCACCAUCUGGAAGCUCCGUGAUGGUUCUUAACUGAUUUUUAAAUGGCGAGUCUGCAGCAAUAACCAUAACCAGGGCAUCUCCCAUGUGCUGAGAGGCACCCCAGAAGUUGGAUGCUGCAAAACCAGUGUUUUAGUUCUACCUUCUAGUAUUGGUGACAGUCUUGGGUUUGAGAUUUGCCUUAAGAACAAAUAAGAGAGAUCCAUUUGGUAAUAUCAGAAAGCUGUAGUUUUCCUUGUAGAGACCUCUAAGACCAAGUCCAACCCCAGCCCAUCCCACCAUGCCCACAUCCCUCAAUGCCACAUCCUCACAGUUCUGGAACACCUCCA